AUACAGUUAUCCAAUAAAUAAUCAUUGUAGAUAAUUUUUUGUGCUUUAACUACGAAAUUUUUUUAAUUGCCAAUUUUUAAAUAAACAAAGGUCAAGUUGAAAAUUUGAUGAGUUGCAAAAAUAUACUCUCAAUUACUCUGUUACUCAGUUUCUGGUUCUUAGCCAAACAAAUCAGUUGUGAUUAUGUGUUAUAGUUGUGUACGGAUAUUUACGAUAAAAUUUUAGGUUAAUUUUUUUUUCAUUAAAUAAUAGAAGCGGAUCAUGCAAAAGAUAAAUCAAACACUUAAAAUAGAAGUGUUUGUCGAAGUUUAAUCCCUUGACACAAAGGACUAUCAGCGUCUUUGAUCCACGUCAAAUAUUUGAUCUUUUUUGGAUAUAAAUAUAAUAUAUUCAUCAAAAUGUUGGCAGAAGAGUAUAAUACACUAAUGAGUGCCAAAGUGAAGAUGGCCAUGGCGGUUCCUGAAAAGGAAAAAUAUUGGGCCCAAAUUUUAACGAUUCUGGUUGCCAAUAUAGCCGGCCUCACCGAAGGUCUUCACUUCUCAUGGGUAUCUCCGUUCUUGGUAAAGAUCGCCAACGACAAGGUGAACUACAACAUCACCGAAGAAGAAGGUUCUUAUUUCAACAUAGUGACCCCGGUGGCUAUGACCAUAUGCACCCCACUCUUCGCCAGGCUUUCCGACAGGAUUGGAAGAAAGCGUACCUUCCUACUAAUAGCUAUCCCGCAUAUGUUAGCCUGGAUCAUCAAAGCCUUUGCCACGAAUAAGUAUCACUUCUACAUAGCAAGGUUCAUGGCAGGAGCUGCUAAUGGAUGUUCUUUUUCAGUAUUGCCCAUUUACAUGGGAGAGAUCUCCCAUCCGGACAUAAGGGGUACUUGGGGUAAUGCUUUACCCACCUCUAUGUUUAUAGGAGAACUUUUGAUCAACAUCAUCGGUAGCUACUGCGGAGUGCGGAUGACCUCUUUUAUUUGCAUGCCUCUACCUAUUUUAUUCGUCGUUUUGUUUUGGUUUAUGCCAGAAUCACCUUAUUGGUACAUCAUGAAAGGAAGAUACGACGAAGCUAAAAAGUCUCUAAAGUUUUUAAAGAGAAAACAGAACGUUGAUGGAGAUUUCAAACAGCUGAGGGAAGACGUGGAAAGACAGCUAACAGAAUCUGGAAACUGGAUUGAUUUAUUUAAAAUCAAAAGCAACAGAAGAGCUUUUGUUGCUGGUCUCUUUCUGAGGUUGACCCAGCAAACAUCUGGUAUGGGUGUUUUCCUGGUAUACACUCAAUUCAUUUUCCAAAAAUCUGGUGGUAAUGUGACCCAUCAAAUGGCUUCCAUUAUAUACUUCGCUACCAGUUUGGUACUUAAUCUUUUUGCAUUAUUCUUUAUUGUAAAGAGAUUUUCAAGAAAAGGCUGCUAUAUUGUAUCAGUAUCAGCAGCUGGAGUGGUAUUAUACAUCAUGGGUACAUACUUCUACUUGGACUCCAAUACAAAUACAGACCUUUCAUCAUUCCAAUGGAUGCCCAUCACUAGCAUGGUUCUGCAUCAAGUAUUCUUAUCGUUCGGAAUAUCAGUGUUACCAACCCUUAUGUUAGGCGAGAUAUUCACUGCCAACAUCAAAUCUAAAGCCAUGACCCUACUCAUGAUAGAAUUUGGUCUGGGUAAUAUACUUAUGAAUAUGAUAUUUUACAACCUUAACGCAGGAAUUGGAUUCUACGCGCCAUUCUUCUUCUUUGCCGGUUGCUGCACUUUCGCCACAAUUGCCGGAUUUUAUAUUAUUCCAGAAACCAAAGGCAAAACUUUAGAAGAGAUUCAACAAUUACUUAAAAAGUAACUUGUUUCUAGUAUUUAUUGAGAUUAUGGAAAGACUGAGAUUAUUAGAAAGAUAUUAGAGGUUUUCUGUACAGGGACUGCAUUGUAGAGACAACAAACAACAUACUGGUGAGAACUUAAACCCUACAAGAUAUUUUACAAUAUUCGAUUCUCCAAAAAUCGAUUCUAUAUUGAUUCUAUCGAUACUAGAAUUUACCUACACAGUAGAAUAACAAAAUUUGGGCAUAAUAUUUAUGUCCCAAUAUUUAGAAAAAAUAGGCUGACACAUUUAGUACCAGUAGCUGAAAUCAGUUUAUUUCUUGCCUUAAUUUAUAAAAUUAUACCAAAUAGUCCAUGUGGUGGGACCGCCCCCGUCUGGAAAACUUUCUGAUUCGGUUUAUUUGUGGAUUCCUAUUCAAAAAUGUCCCCUUUAAACAAAUCUGAAGGGUGCCGGACGGAAUUUUUGGGCAGAAAUUGUUUAAACAAUUUUUUUAAACAAAUACAAAAGAUUACGUUUUUUUGCUACGGAAAAUAUAUUUUUAAGUUUUGUGGGUCAUUCUAAACAAGAAAGGUAUCUUGUAAAUUUUCUCAAAAAUUGAUAGUUUUCAAGUUAAAGACGAUUUAAAAUCUGAAAAAUGCGAAAAUACGCAUUUUCGAGGCCUAAAAACUCAUAUUUAAAUUAGUAUUUUCAAGGUAGAAAGAUACUUAAAUUGAAGUUUAUACAUUCAGCUUCAAGAUUCUGAAGAGUGAUUGCGUCUAACCUUAAUUUAAACCGCUAUUUUUUAAUUGUUAAAUAUGCACGUUCAUCCGAUAUUUUUGCCGGUGCGGCGCGCUCUAUUUCAAAAAUCUCCAAUUUUCCUCCGAAAAAUAUUUUUUCUAGAUUUUUUGUGACAUUCUAAAUGAUAGAAGUUUCUUGACAUUUUUCUCAAAAGUUAACAGUUUUAAAGUAUAAGCGAUUGAAAAUCCAAAAAUGCGUUUUUUUGGCAUUUUUCGGAUAUUAAAUCGCUUAUAACUUUAAAACUAUUAACUUUUAAGAAAAAUGUCAAGAAACUUAUUUUAUUUAAAAUAUCCCAAAGAAUCUAGAAAAAUUUAUUUUUCGGAGGAAAAUAGGAGGUUUAAAAUAACGGUACAUAUAAAGGUUAGACGCGAUCACUCUUCAGAUGCUUGAAGCUGAAUGUUUAAUCUUCAAUUUAAGUAUCUGGCAACCUCAAAAAUACUAAUUUAAAUAUGAGUUUUUAAGCCCCGAAAAUGCGUAUUUUUGCAUUUUUCAGAUUUUAAAUCGCCUAUAACUCAAAAACUAUCAUUUUUUAAGAAAAAUUAAAAGAUACCUUUAUGAUUUGGAAUGGCCCAUUUGGAAAAAUAUAUGUUCCAGAGCAAAAAAAUGCGAUCUUUUGUAUUUGUUUAAAAAAAUUGUUUAAACAAUUUCUGCCCAAAAAUUCCGCCCGGCACCCUUCAGAUUUGUUUAAAGGGGACAUUUUUUAAUAGAAAUCCACAAAGAAACCGAAUCAGAAAUUUUUUCAGACGGGAGCGGUCUCCCCACAUGGACUAAAAAGUAUUUUUAAUUUUGUAAAAGAUACGGACAUUUAAAUUUAUUGUUUUUAAUAAAACAUAAAUAUAGUAUAA